AUGACGCUACUCAAGACUAACUCACCAGUGGUCCCGCCGCCUCCGCAUACUCAGCCUAGCGGCGGAGGAGCAGGAGGAGAGCUGAACACCGUGAAGUUCGAAGUCAAGUAUACUCUCAGCGAAACAGAAUUGGACGCGCUGUCCGCCCGUCUGCUUUCGGAGCAGCCGCCCAAGGUCCGCGAUGCGCUAGUGCUAUACCGGCUAGAGGGAACGGACGAGCUAUCCAACCUUGGCCGUCAUAUCGAGCGACAGGUGUUCUUGGAACGGUUCGGCAACACUGAUGCCGAUAUGAGAAGAGUAUAUGGCGACUACGAGGCCGCGAGCGACUUCUUCAUCGCUAUGGAUCGGAGCAUCUGUCGACCCGUGGGGACUAUGCGUAAUAUCAAAAACUCGUCCGCUGGUCUCCUUGCUCUACGGGAUACCGGCACCUAUACUGGUAUCACUGUUGAACAGUUCAAGCAAGCCCAUAACAUCAAGAGUCUCGACACAGUGUGGGAUAUUGGGACGCUGGCGAUUCCAGAACAAUAUCGCGAUCGGGACGAGCAUCACAUCGUGGCCAUGCUGUACCGAGGCGCCCAUGUCAGGGGCUGUUACGAAGGCAUGACACAUUACAUUGCUAUGGUCGACAAGCUUUUGUACCGGACGUUCAAGAUGAUAGGCUUCGCUUUUCACCCCAUGGCUGGCCUGAAGCCCUUCUCGUACGAGGGCUCGGACAGCAUCCAGCCAGUAUGUGGCGUCACAGAGGACUUCUUCCCGACCGUCGAGGCCAAGUUGCGCAGCGCCGACGAGAGGCUGAAACCGAUCCUGCAGUAUUUUGCCAAACGGUUCAUUCAUGGACAUGAUGUGGAUCAUCGCCUCAUGUACGAUUACGCCGUCUGGUCAGGUGGAUCGACACCUGUCAAGAAGGCGUGCAGCCGAGCUGUCGCCCAAGCUCGUCUAUAG